AUGAGUGCCGACGACAGCAUCAAUGGGCUCGCAGCUCAGAUCUCGGAGCUCGCAAACGGCUUCACAAAAACAUUGGCAGACGCAAAAGUCCCCGAGCCCAACUUUACGGCCCAGAGCCCUACCAGCUAUGAAGGCUUGACGGGCGACAUGUUUCUGCGUCGCCAGGAGCUCCUGGACAAGAUCACGGACUUGUGGUAUCUUGUUCAAGGUCCCAGCGAGAGCAUCUUCAAUUAUGUUCACACAUGUGUUCCGGACAUUAUGGCGCUCAACCUCAUGAACCACUUUGAUUUCUGGUCUGCCGUGCCUCUCGAGGGGUCCGCCUCGAUCUCUGACAUUGGCAAGCACACAAAUCUCCCUGAAGAGGUGGCCAAGCGUGUCGUCGAGCACGGACUGACUCUGAGGCUGUUUUCCCCCGAGGGCGACUAUCGCGUCACCGGUCGCGUGCAGCAUUCGUGCCGGUCUGCUGCGCUGGUCAAGUCGACGGGCCUACGUGCGCUCGUCUCGACGGUCAUUGACGACGCCGGCGCACCAAUGCUGGCUAUUAACAAGGCGCUCGAAUUGCAUGCCCGCGGCCAGCCAGCGCUGACCAAGGACAUGACCAAGACGGCUUUUGCGCUGCACCAAAAGGGCGCCACAAUCGGAAAUUAUACCACGUCGUGGGAAUAUAUCGAGAAUGAUGGCGAGGGUGACCGCAAAGGAUGGAGACAGAGGAACUUUGUCGAGUUCAUGCGCUAUCUCAAGGAGAUUUUCCGAUUGGAGGCUGUUUUGGAAAGCUCUUUCGACUGGAAGGCACUUGGAAAGUCUACGAUUGUAGAUAUUGGCGGCUCUGGAGGGCACGACUCCUUCUUUCUUGCCGAGAAGUUUCCGGAGCUGAGCAUAGUAGUUGAGGACCUUCCCGAAGCGCAGGCAUCAUUCAACAAGCACCAGCCCGAGGCGCUCAAGGACCGUGUGAGCUUUGUCGCUCAUGAUUUCUUCAAGCCUCAGACUGUGCAGCCCGACAUCUUCCUCAUCAAGCUGAUCCUUCACGACUGGCCCGACGAGGAGUGUGUCAAGAUCUUGCGAGGCCUCGUGCCGGCCAUGCGCCCGGGCACUCGUGUCUUCUUCCUCGACUUUGUCGGCAAGCAGGAGUCGGAGCUUGGACAGCCGCCCAUGCCGCGAUCGAUACAGCAGAUGGGCACGGCAACGGACCUGAGAAUGAUGGCUCUGUUCAAUGCCGAGGAGAGGCCAGCCGAGGCUUGGAGAGGAAUUUUUAAAGCUGCCGAUGAGCGUUUCGAUAUUGUUCGUCUCGAGGCUAAUCCGUUGUCCUUCUUCGUCGUCAUUGAGGCUGUCUGGCGCGGCUGA